AUGAACACCUUCCCGCUCGCCGCACUGUGCCUCCUGGGAACCUGGGCUGCCCUGGCAGGGGGAGUCACUGUGCAGGAUGGAAAGUUCUCCUUUUCUCUGGAGUCUGUGAAGAAGCUCAAGGGCCUCCGGGGGCUCCGGGAGCCCAGCAUUGACAGCGGAGUGCAGUUUGAUGGACCUGUGGCUCCCGACCUCUGUAGCUCUACUGAGUUUCCUGCAGAACUCAAGCCUGUCUGCCAGGAGCCCAACGCCAAUGAGAUCCUGGGGAGGCUGGAGGUCAUCGCUGAGGACCCGAGCACGUGUGAGCUCUGUGCCUACGCUGCCUGUGCUGGAUGCUAGGACAGCAGGAGCUCGCUGUCCCUCCCCCGCAGAACGCUCCCACUCCUGGCAUCUUUAUCUACCCUGCCC